UGUGGCCACUCUGUAAACAGCCACAACUUCUUCUUCGUCUACUUUUAUUCUUCUAAACAUUGUUUUGUAAUUAUCUUCUUCAAGUUCAGCGCGGCGGUGGUUGUCGGUGGCUAUGGCUUCAAAGACUAAAACUAGUUUGUCGGAAACUACUCCCGGAAAAUCAUCUCCUUCAACUCCAAGAGUAGCAAAAGUGAGUAGGGUAGUGAAUAAGUCUGAAACCAAUUCUCCAGGCUCACGCCUUCCAUUGGAUCGUUCUUCUCCAUCUUCAAAGUCUUCUUCUUUUGAGAGACGAUCACCAAAGGUUCCAACUCCACCAGAGAAAACUCAAGCGCGGGCAGUAGUAGCGAAAGGAACGGAACCGCAGACCAGGUUGACUCUAACUCAAAUCAAGGAGGAUUUGAAGAAAGCGAAUGAGAGGAUAUCAUCAUUGGAGAAGGAGAAAGCUAAAGCACUUGAUGAACUCAAAGAAGCCAAAAAAGAGGCUGAAGAAGCAGCUCUGAAGUUUGAUGAUGCUUUAAAAUCUCAGAAAGGCGUCGAAGAGAGUUCAGAUAUUGAGAGAGUUCAAGCUGUUGAGGCAGGGAUCAAGGCAGCUCAGAAGAAAGAACUCGAGAAUGUCAAGAACCAACAUGCUUCAGAUUCUGCUGCUCUUGUUUCUGCUACACAGGAGCUUGAGAAGGUUAAUAAAGAACUAGCUGCGGCCAAUGAGGCUAAGAGCAAGGCCUUGAGCCAAGCGGAUGAAUCUAGUAAGACUGCUGAGAUACAUGCAGAGAAAGUUGAGAUCUUGUCUUCGGAGUUGACGAGGUUGAAAGCUUUGCUUGAUUCAACCCGAGAGAAGAAGGAGAUUACAAGCAGCGAAGUGGUUGCUAAACUAGAAGAGGAGAUUGUGGGUUUGAAGAGAGAUCUCGAGAAAGCGAGAAGCUUUGAGGUAGAGGUCAAAGAGCAAGGGAUGGUCAUCGAGAAGCUUAAUGUUGACCUUGAAGCUGUGAAGAUGGCAGAGUCUUGUGCACACAGCUCAUCUGAGGAGUGGAGGAGCAAAGCCAAAGAGCUUGAGGAAGAGCUAAAGGAAGCUAACAAGCUAGAGAGAUCUGCCUCUUUAUCUUUGGAAUCUAUGACGAAACAACUUGAAGGAAGCAAUGAUAAGUUGCAGGACACAGAAUCAGAAAUCACUGAUCUCAAGGAGAAAAUCGUUACCUUGGAGGCAACAGUUGAUAAACAAAAGGAGGAUCUUGAGGAAUCCGAGCAACGGUUGAGCAAUACAGAAGCAGAACUGUCUAAGAUUGAAGAAGAAGUAGAGAGCUUAAAGAACGAGCUUGAAACUGCCGAGGAGGAGAAGAACCGUGCUUUGGAUAAAGAGCAAGACGCUUCGUUAAACGUUCAGAGGCUCUUGGAACAGAGAAAGAAGCUCUUAGCAGACCUGGAAAGCUCAAAGGAGGAAGAGGAGAAGAGUAAGAAAGCAAUGGAGAGUCUAGCUUCAGCGUUACACGAAGUUUCAAGCGAAGGAAGGGAGUUGAAAGAGAGGUUGUUGAGUCAAGGCGACCACGAGUACGAGACACAGAUAGAAGACUUGAAGCUGGUCAUUAAAGCGACUAACGAGAAGUAUGAGAACAUGCUUGAGGAAGCAAGGCAUGAGAUCGAUGUUCUCGUUAGUGCGGUUGAACAAACUAAGAAACAUUUCGAGAGUUCAAAGAAGGAUUGGGAGAUGAAAGAAGCUAAUCUGGUGAGUUACGUGAAGAAGAUGGAAGAAGAAGUUGCGUCAAAGGGGAAAGAAAUGAAUAGAUUGGAUAAUUUGCUGAAGAGAACUAAGGAAGAAGCUGAUGCAGCUUGGAAGAAAGAAGCUCAAACGAAAGAUAGUUUAAAAGAAGUGGAAGAGGAGAUGAUUUAUCUUCAGGAGUCUCUUGGGGAGGCAAAAGCUGAAAGCAUGAAACUAAAAGAGAAUCUGUUGGAUAAAGAAACAGAGUUUCAAAGCGUUGUUCACGAGAACGAGGAUCUGAAGGCAAAGGAAGAUGCUUCUUUAAAGAAGAUAGAGGAGUUAUCAAAGUUACUAGAGGAAGCAACACUGGCCAAGAAGAAAGAGGAAGAGGAGGAGGAGGUGGAGCUCAGUGAAACUGAAAAGGAGUAUGAUUUGCUACCGAAAGUGGUUGAGUUCUCUUCAGAGAACGGUCAUGGAAGUGUAGAAGAGAAGUCUCUUAAAGUCAAAACCAUUGACGAGGAAGCUACACAAGAACAUAUCAGCAAUGGUAACGGCGUAGAGGCUAAAGACAUGAAUGGUAAACCAGAGGAGAAGAAUGAGAAGAAAGAAGAAUCUGACAAAGAUGAUUCGGUGGAAGUUAUGUUCAAAAUGUGGGAAAGUUGCCAAAUCGAGAAGAAGGAAGCUUUCCCCGACAAGAAUCUUCCACUAGAGACUCAAGAAGAAGAGGAAGAAGAGUCGAGCAAAAUCGAUGAAAGUGAUAAAACCUCAACAGAGAACAAUGUGGAUGAUACUGGAACCAUGUUUAACGCAGAAGAUCAUCUUGUGAUGGAGAAGAAACUCAAGAAGAAGAAGACUUUGCUUGGUAAAGUUGGGAACCUUCUCAAGAAGAAAGCACCUGUAAACCCAAAAUAACAAAACUCUUCAAGGUAAUGAAACUUAUAUAUAUAGAAGAAAACAUGUCUCUGUAUACUACUUCAUCAGUGUUCGUUUUAUAUAUAUUUGUUCGUUUUAUAUAUAUUUGUUGGUUUCUGAUUCUUUUUCUUUGUUCAUGUAAAGGUUUGUGUGUUUAUGUGAUGAUAGACUUAUUUGAACUGGUUCACUUUUUUUUUUUAAUUAAAGAAACUUUUCAUGGAAAUGAGAUCUC